UCCUUCCUUCCCAAUUUCUCUCUCCCUUCCCUUCUCUCUCUACCUUUCUAUGGCUAUAUUAUUCCUCUGAUUAUGCUUCCCUGUUAGAUUCUUGUUCUUCUUUUCUUCGCUGUGCGAUUCUUCUAACCCUUUCUUCAGGUACAAUUUUAUUUUCCUUUUUCCCCAUUUAUUCGUUUCUAUGUUUCUUUCUUUGAUGGAUCGAUCCGUUUCGUUUCAUUGAUGCGAAUUUUGACGAGUGAACGGAGGAAAGAUCGACGAUCCUGUUGUUCCUCGGAUAGAUCUGCUACUUCUUUUUCGAAAUUAUAAAUUCUUGAGAAGAACACAGAUCUGAUCUGGAAAUGGCGGAAGAACACAGAUGCGAAGCUCCCGAAGGCCACCGCCUUUGCGCCAACAACUGCGGUUUCUUCGGUAGUCCAGCGACCCUAAACCUUUGCUCUAAAUGUUACAGAGACCUCCGUCUCAAAGAAGAACAAGCCUCCUCUGCCAAAUCCGCGGUGGAGAAAUCGCUUUCAGCCGCUUCCUCUUCCACAGCUCCUCUCUCCCCUCCCGCUUUAACCUUACCGGAAGCCGCCAAUGAAAUCACUGUUCCGGCGGCUGUGGCCGCCUCUGUACCGCCACCUUCGGCGACACAGCCGAACAGGUGCUCCACAUGUCGGAAAAGGGUGGGAUUGACCGGGUUCCGGUGUAGGUGUGGGAUCACGUUCUGUGGGGUCCACCGGUACCCGGAACAGCACGGGUGCACCUUUGACUUCAAGACGCUUGGCAAAGAGGCUAUCUCUAAGGCCAAUCCUGUUGUAAAAGCUGAGAAGUUGCACAAGAUAUGAUGUGGACCGUUUGAUCUGAUGACCUUUAAAAUCAAUGAGCGAUCAAAACGGUCCACAAUUUCAGCUUUCGACUGUAAUAUGUGAUAUAUAUUUCCUUUUUUUCUAUAUAAUUUUAUUUUUAUUUACGUCAUCAUUACGUGUCUUUCCUUUGUAAAAAAACUUUCCGUUGGUAUUGAAAAUUUGGGUUCACUUGUUCUA